AUGGCGGCGCGCCUCGUGGCCGGGCUGCUGGCCAGCUGCCUGCCGCCAGGCACCCCCGCGCUGCCGUCGGCCGCGCCGCGGGAGGCGGCGCAGCAGCCGCGCCGCCUGCGGAGCUCGGGCGAGAGCCUGCCGACCACCGCGCCCCUGCGCAAGCUGGAGAGCGGCAGGACCUGGACACGCGCGGGCCCCAAAGCUCGGUGGCGGCGUCGCCUUGGCCCGUGCGCACGGCUGGACCGUCGGCGCGAAGGCCGCGGGGGACCCCCCGCAGCUCGGCGGCGCCGCUGCGCCGGCUGGACAGGCCUUCGUCGGAGGCCUGCAGCCAGGAGUGUGUCCUGCACGGCGAGACCGCGUCGUGCGCAGCGAGGACACGGGAUGCAGUGGGCCGCCAUCAACGAGUUCCCCGGCCAGGAGCAGGCCUGCAAGCUGGGCUACGGCCUGGUGCUCGAAGAGUGCCCGCACUGCGCCGGCUGCCCCCUUGAGGACAUCGGCUGCCUGGAGGUGAAGGAGCUGAAGGAUGGCGCGACGGGCUGCCAGGCCACCUGCGUCCUGGAUGGGGCGCAGUCCAAGACGGUGGCGACAUGCGAGGAGCGCGUCCGCUGGACGGCCGAGAACGACUUCGCCGAGCGCCCCGACGCGUGCAGCGCAGGAGUGAACAGGUGCGUGCGCGCGCCCCGGCCUGACCCCACCCGCGCAGCGUUCUUCCUGGUGCAGCAGCAGUGCUCCGCCUGCGCGGGCUGCACCAAGGCGCAGGCGUGCGAGGAGCGCCCUCGCGGUUGCCGCGGCUCCGCGGGUCUAGGCUCGGAGGACAAGCAGAGGAAGUGCAGGGGGGGAUACGAAGGAGCAUCUGAGAUGGCCGCAGAUAGCACGGAGCUGCAGAGCGGCCGGGACUUCGCGUUCGGGGUUGCCAGCGCGGCCUGCCAGAUCGAGGGUGGGUACCGGGAGGAUGGCCGCGGCGCGUCGAUUUGGGACACCUUCUGCGGCCUGGACACGCUCGGGAUGCCUGGCUCGGUCUGGACCGAGGAGACCCUGGCCCAGCUGGGGACCGGAGGCCUGUGCCCAGCAAAUUCUGCCAUAGCAGACCCUGCCCGUGAUUCUCUGGGAGCUACAACCGAAGAUGCCACCUCUUUCCGCUACACCUACAAGUCGGACAUCGAGUUCAUGGCGAAGAGUGGCAUCAAGCACUUCAGAAUGAGCUUGUCGUGGUCACGAAUAAUCCCGACAGGUUUCCUGGCUGACGGCGUGAGUGAGUCGGGCGUGAACUUUUACAAGGAUGUGUUCAAGACAAUGCGCCAAAAUGGUAUCACCCCACUGGUUACCUUGUACCACUGGGACUUGCCGCAAGGAUUGCUAAACGCCCCAGGCCCGAUAGAGCAUUUGAGCAAGCUGAAGUUCCACGACGAGACGCCAGGUUACUACCAGGGCUGGUACAGUGCCACGGCAUCAGCGGCCGGUUUGCCAGUUCCACGUGGGGUAGAUGCCGCUGUCGUGAAGGAAUUCACCAACUACGCCGACUUUUGCUUCAAGACCUUUACAGAUGUGAAGGACUGGUCGAGUUUCAAUGAGGCUUGGGUGGCAUCAAAACUGUCGAGCGGUUGGGGGAAGGCCCCCUCAACAGCACCAUACCUGGACGUGGAUGUUUGGCCUUACGUGGCAGCUCACAACAUGAUCAUCGCGCACGCGCAAGCCGGCAUUGCAAUGAAAGACAAAUACCCGAAGCUCAACUACAGCAUGGUCAACAAUUGCGACUAUCAGCAUCCGGUUGACGAGGCGAACCCACACAACAGGGCUUUAGCUCUCUCUUUGGUCGACGCUUGGCUCGGGUGGUUCAUGCAUCCCGUCUACGGCAUUCCUGACGGAAGUGGUGGGUUCAUUCACGACUAUCCCGAAUCGAUGCGUACCGGGCCGUUCAAGCUGUCCUACCUCCCAGCGUUCACCGAGAGUGAGAAAGCCUUGCUGAAAGCCAGCCGUGCUGCGCUCACUGCCAUCGGUCUCAAUCAUUAUGGCACGAACUUGGUAGAUGCCGAAGGCAACACGUCCAACGCAGGCAAAACUAAGAUGUUCGACAAUAAGAUCCCGUUGUCUUACUCAUUCGAGAACAAGGGUAUUCCCACCGCGGAGUCGGGCUGGCUUAAUAUGGCCCCGUGGGGCCUCCGAAAGCUGCUCAACUACAUCAAAGACACAUUCCAGCCCAAUCUGCCUAUCUACAUCACCGAGAACGGCUGCAGUGACGGUGCAAAUCGAGGUUCACAGGGCCAUUACGAUCCUGCGAGAGUGAUGUUCUACCAUGGCUACUUGACUGAGGUCCACAAGGCCAUGACAGAAGAUGGAGUCGACGUCCGUGGCUACUAUGCCUGGUCGAUCUUCGACAACUACGAGUGGGAAAUGGGAUACCGCGAGAUGUUUGGUAUCAUGUAUUCGGACAUCGAAUACCUUCGCAGCCAAGCAGAGAUUGACAGGCACAACAAGACCACGAGAGGACCAAAGCUCGGUGAGGAGCAUCCGCUUCUCCACUUCGAAGGCGAUGAGAAACUGGAGAUCAAGCGGCAGCUCGUGAGUCCCAUGAUCAAGCUCCCGGCGCCUUCCAAGCAGAAGAUCGCAAAGCGCUCUUUCCUUUUCCUGAAAGACUCACUGAUGGGAGACAAAAGGAAGCUUGCGAACCCGCUGGUUUACGUGUCGCUGACACAACUCGAAGACCACCCGUUCGACACGAUCAAUCAUGUGCCUGUUGUGGGCUCCGCGACGCCGUGUGCGGAGACUGUGAACGUGCAGCGCCCACCUGCCGCGCUGCUGGCGGCCUCUCUAGGCCUCGCCGCGCUGCCCGCCCUGGCCGCGCUGCUCGCGGGCGCGGCCGCGCCGUGCUCCCGGCGCGGCGCGCUGGGCGGCCGGCUCCUGAGCGACGCGGGCGCGCCGGACCGAGGAGUUGGCCGUCGAUGA